CUGUUCAGCUUGAGACGGCGCCGUCUGGUCACGUACCGACACCGCUUCUUGUCUCAUUCACUUUGUACCGUUCUUUUUGCAACAUCAUUUACAUCACCCUGACAAAAUUCUUUAAAUUCAACGUCAUUUCCGAUCAUUACUCCGUCUCCGAUCACGAAAAUCUACAGCACUUUUCCAAACCUCACCGAAACGCCCUUGACCGAGUUUUGACCUUUUCUACUACCGACUCAUCCCGAGUGAGUUCGCGGACCUCCGACGGCCGAUUCUCCAAACUGACCUUAGUUGUCUGCAGCGAUUACGAUUUAACGAACCCUAGCCGUUUUUACAUCUCUCUAAUGUGAUCAAGUUUGAUUAGGUCAAAGCCGGAGAGUACAAAUGGAUCGGGCCGUGAUAGCAGUCGGGCCGGGUACAGACAUGCCGAUUAUGCACGAUAGCGAUCGAUACGAUUUAGUCCGAGAUAUCGGGUCUGGUAGUUUCGGGGUCGCCAGGCUGAUGAGAGACAAGCAAACCAAGGAGCUCGUCGCCGUCAAGUACAUCGAGCGGGGAGAUAAGAUAGAUGAAAAUGUUCGAAGAGAAAUCAUUAAUCACAGGUCUCUGAGGCAUCCCAACAUUGUUCAGUUUAAAGAGGUGAUUUUAACCCCAACUCAUCUGGCAAUUGUUAUGGAAUAUGCAUCUGGUGGAGAGCUUUUUGAUCGAAUAUGCAGUGCAGGACGUUUUAGUGAGGAUGAGGCACGCUUUUUCUUUCAACAACUUAUAUCUGGAGUUAGCUACUGCCAUGCAAUGCAAGUAUGUCACCGGGACUUGACACUGGAAAACACUCUGUUGGAUGGAAGCCCAGCUCCUCGGUUGAAGAUAUGUGAUUUUGGGUAUUCCAAGUCUUCUGUGCUUCAUUCACAACCAAAGUCAACUGUGGGAACUCCUGCUUACAUUGCUCCGGAAGUACUGCUAAGGAAAGAGUAUGAUGGCAAGAUUGCCGAUGUAUGGUCAUGUGGGGUGACCUUAUACGUGAUGCUGGUGGGAGCAUAUCCUUUUGAGGAUCCUGAUAAACCAAAGGAUUUCUGCAAGACUAUCCAAAGAGUUCUAAGUCUCCAGUAUUCCAUUCCAGACUCUGUUCAAAUAUCUCUAGAGUGUCGCAACCUCAUCUCAAGAAUUUUUGUUUCAGAUCCUGUAGCGAGGAUCACCAUUACUGAAAUCAAGAACCAUGAGUGGUUUUUGAAGAAUCUCCCCGCAGACUUGAUGGAUGAAAGGACGAUGGGCAACCAAUUUCAAGAAGCCGACCAACCGAUGCAGAGCAUUGAUGUGAUCAUGCAUUUAAUUGCUGAAGCAACCGUACCUGCAGUUGGGACUCGUAACCUCGACCAGUAUUUGAUAGACAACCCGGAUCUGGAUGAUGACAUGGUUUAUCUGGGGUCUGACUCGGGGUCCGACUCUGAGCUUGAUAUCGACAGCAGUGGGGAGAUAGUCUACGCACUGUGAACUCAAGUGCUGUGAGCUUGGUAGAGACAGCACGCACUUGGAGUCCGAUUCCUCGGUCCGCAACAUAGUGUUAGUACUCAGUAGUGCUAGGAAAUUAAUGUCCCUUGAAGUACAUAAUAUUAUUGGACUGGAUGAUGUUGUAAAAUCUAAUCCUCCUCUCCUACCCGUUGAACUCUUGUUUGUUUCUUAUUUUCACAUUAUGCUUUAUAUUUUUCGUUGUGUUUUGGCUUUGAGUAGAUGAAUGUAGUUCCCGCACAAUUUCCAUU